CCACCAUACCCCUUCCCGAACAUGACUGUCUAUCGUCUCAUGACAUGGAUAAAUUCUGGGAGCCACCAAAAGUCGCAAACAGAAGUGAUGUGUCUUGUUCAGGAUGUGAUUCAAGCCAAGGACUUCAAUCAGAAGGACUUGGACAGGUUUUCAGUCAGACAAUGUCUACAAGCACUGGACAAUCAUGCUACAAACAAGGAGUCCGCUGUAUUUCCUGAUGAUUGGGUUGAGGCAGGUAUCAACAUUGACAUCCCUAUGAAGACAAAGGAUGAACAGUCUCAAACAUUCAGCGUCCCGGGUUUUCAUUAUCGGCCCCUCACAGCAGUCAUCCAUUCCGCAUUUGCCGACAUCCAAGCCAAUGCUUUUCAUCUUUUUCCGUUCAAACACUUGUGGAAAGAUCCUAUCGACAACCAAGAACAACCCGUGUUUGAUGAACUAUAUACCUCUGAGUCAUGGCUUGAAGCUCAGGACGACCUGCAGCAGCAGCCAAAAGAACCAGGUUGCUCACUUGAACGUGUUAUCGCGGGGCUCAUGUUUUUUUCAGAUGCAACUCACCUUGCAAACUUUGGAACAGCUAAAGCCUGGCCUCUCUACCUAUACUUUGGAAAUCUGAGCAAGUACACACGUUCAUCUCCCACAUCUGGUGCGUGCCAUCUUGUAGGAUUUUUCCCUUCAGUAUGGCAUUAA